AUGGCCGUCUACUACCCCCUUCUCAGCUUCCAGACUUUCCUCUCCACUUGGAUUCUCCAGGGUUGCCACAGCCAGCCGACAAGCUCAUUAAAAUUCAGUCUUAUUCUACUUCUGUUGAUUUCUACAAUGCAUGUGUUCUGGUCUUAUCCCGUUCUACCUUCUAAGGUGCCUGGAAAAUCUGAUUACUUUCUCAUCCUGCUGAACAGCUGCCCAACCAGGAUGGACAGGAGUGAGGGACUAGAUUUUCUAAAGCCAAUUUUGGAGAAGACAUUCAUGAAAAGGUCCUUUCGCAAUGGAGUUGGAACAGGGAUGAAAAAAACUUCCUUUCAAAGAGCAAAAUCAUGA